CGGCCCGGACUGAGCGAGAAAAUGUGACCGUGUCCCAAAACGCGACUUGGUCAACGAUUCCUUUAACCCCGCCUUUAACCUCCACCUCCACUGUCCACUAUGCCAGGCAGGACUCGACCCGACAGUCAGACUAAUACAGAAGAUCUCCUUCUGGAAGUCUCCGAGAUCUUUGACCAGGUACAGGGUGCCUCGGCAAAUCACCAAAAGAACAUCGUUGCGCUACACAAAAUCUUUGUGGACCUCGCGCAGCUUAGAGGACGAACCAAAGACGGGGAUACGAUUCUAAUUGGCGAAAGGAAAUUUGAGCAGGCUAUAUACAGUGUCCUGCUUCGGUUACUUGAAUCAAAGAAGGGUGGACCCGGAGACCGUGUUGUCAAGUUCUUUGGAGGCUUUGUCAAAUGUCUCAAUGAAAAAGCUGGAGAAGACCCUAUCGAUGAGGAUGAUAUCGAUGAAUACAACGUCGCGUACACCCCCGCCGCGCGUUUCACCGAGCGCCUGCUGGACAAACUACUUUUCAAAGGCUUCGGUUCUAAAGAGAAAGUUACUCGCUACAGGACUGUCCAACUUUGUUCGGAGCUUGUUUUCAAUCUGGGCGAGAUAGAAAACAGAAUCUACUACGAGCUACGCAGCAGGCUUCUGGGCCGUAUAAGUGACAAGGAACACAAUAUUCGCUCACAGGCAGCCAUCGCGUUAUGCAAAUUCCAUGGAAUUGACGAUCCAGAGGAGCUGAAAGAGAACCAAUUAGAACCUCUAUCCGAAGUACUGUUCGAAUCCUUGGCGUAUGAUCCCCAAGCCGAAGUACGGCGGGCGAUACUAGUGAAUCUUCCCGUGAACAAGAUCACCAUCCCUCCCAUCCUAGAACGCAGUCAAGAUGUAGACGUUACGACACGCAAGUUAGUCUAUACUGUUCUUGAAAGGAAUGUCACCAUUGGCGAUGAAGAAGAAUUGACAAUAGGCUUUGCUCACCCGCGAGCUCUGAGUAUGGAACUCCGAGAAUCCAUUGUUCGGAACGGGCUCGGGGACCGCAAUGAGAAUGUACGCGUAGCUGCUGCCAAACUCAUAGAAAGAUGGGUGGAAACUGCUGAUAUGACUGACAACGGAAAAGCACCUGGCGAUGAAUCAGGUCUGGUGGGCUUGCUGAAGAUGUUUGACCUUCGCACUGACAAGAUCAUUGGAGAUGCCAUCAUACGCAUCUUCGAGUCCAAUCCCCACAUUCUGAAUGGUAUCACAUUCAACGACACUUAUUGGACCUCACUCACUCCUGAAAAAGCAUUCCUCGCUCGAACGUGCGUUGAAUUCUGUGAAAGUCGCAAAGAUGAUGCAAGGCUGGAAUCAAUCCUGCCUGUUGUCACAUCAUUUGCAUUUCGCUUGCAAGAACAUUUCAACGACCUUGUCGAUAGUAUUCGCUCUCUCGAUCAGGAUGCGUGCAAUCUGGAUGAUGAGGCCCGAUACCUUCGACAGGACGAGCUAGAUAGCAGAGAAUCUGUGGUAAUGGAGAUGCUUAAAAUUGCCAUAUCGCUGGACUAUGGAGACGAGAUCGGACGGAGGAAAAUGGAUUCACUCAUUCGUGAUAUGCUAAUCCACGACUUUCUACCUGAUGAUCUAGUGGCGCCUUGCAUGGAAGUACUGAGCCGUCUUGCCGAUAGUGAACGGGAUCUUAUCCGCGUAGUCGCUAUUGAAAUCGUACAAGCUCUACGGGAUCCGGGAGAUGAUGAAGACGAGGACGUAGAUCAAGACAUAGAUCCUGAUGCAAGCUUUGACUCCGUUGCUCCCACCCUGCCCCCAACUCGUUCGAAGCAGGCGGCCUCUAAAAGCCGUGAAGAGAUGUCGGAAGCCGAGAAAGCACAUGCAGACAAAAUCGAUAAACGUUGUUUGCGUAUCUGCGAGUCCAUGCUCGAACGCGUGAACGGUACCCUGGAAAAUAAUUCUUCACUGGAUGGUAUUGUCAAAGAGCUGAUUUAUCCUGCUGUCCAAAGGAAGGAUGGUGACUUAAGAGAACAGGGAUUCAGAUGCUUAGGUCUCAUCAGUUUAAUUUCCAAAAAUAUUGCCAAAAUGGCCUUGGCAUUCUUCAUCAAGCAGAUGAAGAUUGAACAGAACCCUGAGGAACUGAGGGUCAUUGUUAUGCAAGCCGUAUUUGACACGCUCAUGAAGUAUGACCAAGGUGUAAUGGUGGAACCUCAUACUCCUGCUGCUUGGAUCGGCCACUUCACUCAGUUGCUAGAGAGCGAUGACUCCAGUGAAGAAUUCCGUGCGGUUCUGUGCAUGGGAUUAGCUAAACUGGCACUGCCUGGUGUGCUUGUUGACGAGAAUAUCAUGAAACUGCUCUUAAUCGAAUACUUUUCGCCCAAGAAUGUCAAAAAUCAGAAGCUCAAGCAGUGUUUGUCGUUCUUCUUCCAGGCGUACUGCGCCUCGUCCAUAGAUAAUCAAGAAAUCAUCUCAUCACUUUUCAUGCCUGUGUUUUGCGCACUAUGUGAUGUGGAUGAUGAUGAUGAGAUGGCCUCCUCAGCUCAAAUCGCUGGCAUGUUCCUGGAUUGGACUCAUCCUAACACGCUCUAUGUCGACAAAGAAAAAGAACAGGGAGUUCCUGCCGGUGAAUCGAGCUGCUUACAAUUCACCAUUGCCCGAGACAUUGUCAAAGAAUUUCUCAACAAAGAUUCUAAAUUGUUCAAGGAUCACAAGAAAGUCCUGUGUCAACAACUACCGAAAUUGUAUCUCCCAAAUGAUGUUGAUGAGGACACCGUUCGUUAUUUGAAUCUUUUAAUGGAUAAGGUUCCCUCCUGUCGACCGUUCGCCGACGCCGUCUCGAAGAAUGCCUUCGCUAAAUUCCAGUCCUCGUUUGUGAAAAAAUACGAAAAGCAGCUUGAAGGACUAAGCGCCGCAGAGUAUCUAUCUCACGAAGAACACCAAGCAGAAGCCCAAUUCUUAAACGACAUCAUACCUCUGGAAGAUGAGUUUGCACCACCAGUAAGGCGUGGAAGAAAGCGACGUUCUGGCAGUGUGACCAGCUCCGCCGCUGAAGACGACCCUUCAACUUCAAACAAGACCGCUCGAACCCGAAAGGGCAAAGCCAAGCGCGCUCGGCUCUCCACUUCCGACGGUAGUGAUUCGAAUGAUAAUGAUGGCGACGAUAGGGAUGAAGAACAAGAUUUGGCAACGGUUUCCUCUCGGCGUUCCUCUGCCGCGCCUACUCGCGCGAUGCCCAAAAGACAAGCGACUCGCAAACCACUAGUGGAGGUCAUCACUAUAAGCUCCGAUAGCGAAGAGGAAGAAGAUACUCCACGGAAUGUUCGAGCCCGUCCCGUCCUCAACGCGAAGCAAGAACUGCGAAGAGAUUCAAAAAAUGAGCAAGUCUCGCAAGUGAGCGUCGGUCACGAUGAAGGUGAUUCAGAAGAUGAAGAUGAAGUCAGUGGCUUACUGGCUGAUGUGUAAUUUAAUUUUGUCCAAUAACUUAUUCUUAUUAUCUAUGAC